CUUAGCGCAGCGCCGUUCUUUCAGCCUCCGAACGACACCGUAGGCGCGCACGUUCAACGCGUAGAGUCAUACCAUGCGUUCGCACGCGCACACAUCCGGGGAACCGCUCGUGGUUACAUUCAGCUCCCACCGGUUGCACUCUGGGUCACUGAAGGCAUCGAAAUGCCCGGUGUGAGAACACCGUCUGCUUUGAUGUGUGCGCUGUCGUCUGCUCACAGCCUUCUGCUUCUGUGUCUUCUGCUAACUUUCGAAACGGUGUCUGCGAUUCCCGGGCGCCGACAUAAAGGUUCGGGUCACGAUAAGAACGGCAACAUGACCUGUACGCUCGAAGAGUUCAACGACUGCAUGCGUCAGCUGAGCAGCAUCACAGAAUCGGAGGAGCUUUCUUUAGCUUCAUCGCGUCGAGAACUGGACACACUCUGCAAGAAAUGGAAGCAGGGCUACCGGUGCAUGGACCAGCACAUGUCCAACUGUUCGGACCGCCAUAAGCAGAUCAUUUACAACGACGUCGUGCACGGGACGCGGCAGGUGAUGAACGAACUCUGCAGGCCGGGUCACAUGCAGAAUGAGUAUCUUCGACACGCCCCUUGCUUCAAGAGCUUAUUCGUCGAAGGAGGUCGCUGCUCGCAGAAGUACAAAAACAUGAUACAAAUGUCAAAGGCGUCCGCCAACCUGUCAGAAGAUGUCAAUAUUGAGGAGGGACUGCGCAAGACUUGUUGCACCUUCAACGAAUACGUCCACUGCUAUUACACACACAUGCCAGAACUGUGUGGUGAAGAAGGACGCAACUUUUUCACCACCUACAGCGAGAAGAUGUCGGGACCGUUGAUCCAUCAACACUGUGCUUCUUACACGUACGAUUCAACGUGCAACUCUCCUCCAUCCGGGACACAAUCCAACUUUUUGCAACGUCAUUAUUCCACAACACUCUUCCACAUGACACUCUUCGAGCUGAUCAUGCUCAGCCUGUGGAAGCAGUCUUAAGCGGGCGCUGCUGUGACUGUGACGGUGCUGUGCGACAACAUGAACGACGCAUAUGCUGAUGUGGAACAACUGCAACUUUAUGUAAAUGAUAAUGAGUGGGGAGUUUCAUCGCCAGGGGCAUUACUUGCGGUAAUGAGGUGAAAUGUACUAUCAAGUCGCCUGAGAGUGAGGCCCGAAGUCCUGCUGACGUGGAGUUCUAUAUACAACUUAUAUCUUUUCAGUCUAAGAAGCGUCUAGGGGCGGAGCUAUGGCAGGGAUGUGGUUACUUCCCACAUUGUUUUAUACUUCAAGAAUGGUCAAUAAUAAGGUUGUAAGUAUGUACUAGUCGGCGGUGGUAAUUACGUACCAGAAUCAAGAACAAAUCGCUCAAGAAUUAUAAACUCACAUGCCAACCGUAUAUUCUACAGCAACGUUCGCGUACUGAACGCAGAAUUUCAAGAUGUCAAAUGGAGACCUGCGGAAGCGAUCUGUCGUAGCGCCAUCGUCAGUGAUAGGUAAGACAGAUAAAGUGAAAGAUACAGAACUCUCCACUUUUUAAACAACACGACAUAGCACGAGCUCGCGGCAGCAGUGACAGUGCUAUGUUGUCCUCUUUUGUUCUCUGGGCUAAUGGACCUUUUUAACAACGGCUUAUGAGCAUGCGCAUGACCUUGAGAAGGCCGGAAAGGGGUUAUCGACGUCUUCAUUAGAUGGCGCAGCUAGUACGGGGACGACAGAAGUGGGGACCAGUGGGGAGACCGCACGAACGGCGCAAGCUCGUCGGUCUCACUCCGGACGGGUUUUGGACCUUUGUGCUGUCCACGUGGACCUGUUUUGACGCGCUCCGAGCGAGGUUCACUGGAGAUCCGCUAUAGGAUACGACGCGUAUGUGAAAAAAGGUCCAUUCUUAUUGCGCACAUAAUGUCACCCACUACGCUGUUAUGAACACCCCUUUUCACUUCAGACACACUCCAUUACACCAAAGUCCUGGCAACAUUGAAGACAAUGAAAUCGUGACCGCUCCCGUGCAUUCGUUUCGCUGCUGUACCCCUACGGCGUAUUAGCACCAAUAGAACGACAAGGAGACAUGCGUGUCAACGCAAUAAUUAUCCGUUGGAGCAAGUGUUUGCAGUCAAGACAAUAUUGCAUGCUUGACAAGUGAUGCGGUCCAGGAUAGCGAAGGUAAGCCCUAUCACACGUUCCGAGUCAUACUGAGCUUUCUCCUUUCUUUUUGAUACUUUGAUACCUUUUACUACACUCGCAUCAAAAAGUUAUGUAAUAAUAAUAAUAAAAAAAAAACAUGACCCUUC